GUGUAAUUUCAAUGUGUGUGAGGUGCCAAAAAACUCCGGUACUCUUUUUUGGCGCUCUUCAUAUCAGUGUUCCGCUAUCAAUUUUCAAACAAACUGCACAGCACACACGGAGAGCAAAGGUUGCUGCUUUUUUUGGUGAGACGAAAGGUAAAUAUACUGCACCGGUUUCCGUGGCGAUAGCGAAACCGUUAUUCGGUAGCCAUUGGCUAGAUUUUUCGGGUCACCUGUUGGCUGUGGUUUGAAGAAUUUUUCGGAAGCACCGACAGUGCCAAUGGGUUGGCUAGGAAAGUGUGGUUUAUUGUUGGGCUUUGGAACAGUUACGUAUUUUGUGCGGUGGUACUGCAUCGGCAGAUUGUACGACAGCAAACGAAAGUUCCAGAACGGUGAACUGAUUGUAGUGACCGGAGCCAACUCUGGCAUCGGUUUAGCCACGGUGCUUGAAUUAGCCGGUCGCGGAUGUCAUCUUGUGCUUGGGACGCGUUGUACAACGGUAGGCCAAACACUCCGUAACAGGGUGCUUCACCAGUGUCCUACCGCAACGGUUGACACAUUCGUACUGAAGCUCGAAUCCCUAGCCAGUGUGGCCGAAUUCAGUGAAAAUGUGCGCAAUCUAAACAAACCACUUUACGCGCUGAUAAAUAACGCCGGAGCGUUUUACGUGCCACCGAGCCUAACCGAAGACAAUCUGGAAUAUCUGUAUCAGACGAACUAUUUGUCACACUUUCUGCUGACAUUGCGUUUGUUGCCCGCGCUCAAACAACAACCGUGUGAUAGUCGCAUCGUGAACGUUGUUUCGCAAGCGCAUCGUUCGGUAACCGAUAUACCGACAAACGAGGAACGGUUUUGUGGCUCACUGUACCCCGACACAGCUUCCAAUCGCUUCCGGGCGUACGCGUACAGUAAGUUCUGUUUGGUUCAGUUUUCCUACCGUUUGUCGCAACUACUUGCAGCAGCUAGCAGCAACAACCCGUCGGUACACUGUAUCGAUCCGGGUAACGUAGAAACGGCCAUCUAUCGUCACUUUCCACCAUUGGCUAACCGGGUGCUUUUCUACCUACAGAAACCGUUAAGAAUUUUCCUCAUUAAAACACCCCACGAAGGUGCUCAGGGUAUACUGUACGCGAUUUUGUCCGAGAAGAAGCCACCAUUCUACGUGCGCCGGUUUUGGGACAAACAAACAAACGUUUUUGACGAAAUUAAUCCACUGGCUCGAGAGGAACCGAUUGCCGAUACGCUAUGGAAACGGAGCCGACAGCAGUGCAGUCACCAUCUGCUGGAAAUGACGCUCUAGUGCCACCGGUGUACGAAGAUCCCGCGAAAGGACUGCGCAAGGAACGGAUUUCCUUUCGAUUCACUAGCGCAGAAAAACCUACAGAAUUGUGCCGCUGUCUUGUAACGAUUGGUGAGGUGACCGAAAC